CUCCCAACUUCACGCAACUUCCCCGGUGCGGCGGAGCCGGCGCAGCCCGGUUCUUCCUGCGGGAGCCGCCGGUGGCUUGGCUGGCCGUGCGGCUGCUCCUUGGGCAGAGCAGGAAGGAUUCAAGCAUUCCCGAGAGUGUAUUGCCCGUGAGCAUCGCCCUCUUCCCAGCAACGAUUCUGUUCCCUUCAGAGCACCUCCCAGACCUUUGCAUCCUUGGAAUGUGAGAGCAUUUUAAUCGGAUUUUGGUGGCAUUUCUUAGAAUAAGGAGUGGGAGAGGGAGGAAGAUUCCAUGAAGAUCUGUGAGACUGUGGAAGGGACAGAUUGAUGUGGGUGAGGUCUGGGCAGUGUGUCUGCAGUGAUUGCUUUCCGUGUUCUUAAUGUGACCUUGGUGACAAAGCUCUUGUCACUAUGAGAAGGGAUUCGGGCCCCGUGGGUUGGUUGCAGCAGCAAAUGCAAAUUAUGAUUCUUUUUCCCCGUUGGAGUUUUUCAGUUCUGUUGAAUGUGUAAUUCCAGCUAUGGCAACAAGAGUAGAAAUAAAUUCUCCUUUGGCGUCUUUGACGGCAGUCCCCGACCUGACUGAGCUCCGGACCGAGGACAAGGCACAGCGUGUGUAUGUCAGCGUGCUUUCGGACGCGAGCAACAAGGCCAAGGAGGCUUCAGCAUCACUGACUCUCGAAGAGAACAAGAAGUUUGGGAGUUCCUUGAGAUCCGCAACGAUGCCAUCACUGGGAUCGAGGCCGAGACUCUUCCCGAAGCCUUUUUCUAAAGAGAAGCCUCCAGAGUCUUUUGCAAAUGUUAAACCCCCUGUCCCAGCUUUCAGGUCCAGCAGUCGGAUCAGAAAGGCCCCUGAGGAAACGUCAUCUGUGAAGGUGUUGAGUGGAAAUGUUCCUCCGUUAGUAGAUCAGAAAGUGAUCGAAACUGAAAAUCGGGGUGACGGUGAGGUGGUCACAAACAUGACUUUCUACACUGGGCCCAGUGCCAACACGGUCAUUCUGUUCGAGCCAGCGGGACCAGAGCAGGCCAAGGUCAGCCUGGCCCAGGAGAAGAGGGCUCAGGACCGCACAGGAUUUGCUGCUCUGCAGACAAAGGAGAUUCAGUGCAGUGUGAAACUGGAGAAACCAUCCGAGACAUCCAGGAAUGCUGAAGGAUCUAUCCAUAGGCAGAUGUCGUUUUCCUCCAGUCUCAGACCAGUCUCUUGGAACUCCCUCAAAACUGGGGAAAAAAAAGAUGCUCGUGAAGUUCGUCCAGGGGAGAAAACCAAUGAUGAUGCAAAUAAUCUCAACAAUAAAGUUGAUUUCUCUAUUGAUGUCCAGCAAAAGGCAAAACACAGACCAGUGUCUGCUAUUUUUCUGGAAUCCUUACGAGAUCAAAAGCAUCACACAGUGGAAGCUUCUGAGGAAAAAUCUCCCACGGAGAAAUCUGGUGUUAGGAAACCAAGGCCUUUGUCCAUGGACCUGACAGCUAAAUUUGAACACAAAGAUCUUUCUUCUUGCAAGAAGACUUGUUCAUCCCAUGAAAGCAAGGAAAAUGUAUCCAUAAUUACUGUUACUGAUGUGAGUUGUCAUGAUCAGUCUGAAAUGGGGCCAAAAUCUGAAGAAACUGACUUUAAUAAAAGCAGUUCUUCUAAGACAAAUUUGAAAUGCAGUAGCCAGGACAUUGGCAUCUUAAAUAAUGGGAAAUACAUGUGGGAAACAAAACUUAAAUCUAAAAGUGAACAAGUUGAGACAAAACCAGAAAUAACUACUAACUUGCACGGUUCUGAAAGGAGCCCUGAAACAACCAGUGAAAGCAGAACUAAUAAGGGGGGGAAAAGGGCAGAUCAGAAGGAAACGUACAUGUUUCUAGGCUGUGAAAACCCUGCAACUUCCUCGGAAAAAGAGAGUAAUAUCUUAAGAGGAAGUGUCAAAAAACACAUUAGUUUGUUUACUUCAGAAAAUCCCAGUCCCGCAGUGGAUACGGAGCUUCUCCCAGCAAGUGCCGAGAAGGAGAACAGGUGUGUGACCAUCCAGCAGAGAAUCAAGGAGCUGACAGCAGAAAACGCUGACGUUAAGGUGGGGAACCUGCGCAGGUCACCGCAGUCACGGCCGCUCUCCGCGGACCUCACAAAGAUGUUUUCAAGUCCAACAUCAAGCAGUGAAGCAAAGCCUGAGAAACCUGCUGAAACCAGAACUGACCCUAUCCAUGAAACACAGGAAAAUCCAAAAAGUAAGGAGCUGAAGGUUGCACAGGGCACAGAUCUCACAGAAGCACAUGUUACUGGGAAGCCUUGGAAAUCCCGGCAGGUUUCAAAGAUAACCAGUACACCUGAUCAACUAGAGAGGAAAGGAAGCUUCCUCGGGGAUGCUCAGCAUUUCUCUCAGCAGAGUGAAAGUUCUGUCUCGUUCACAAGCAGUUUCGAAAAAAAAUUAAACCCAGCACUUCUGGAAAAGCCCUUCAUUAAAACUGUCCGAGCCACCAUGUUUGAGCACAAUGUGCAGAGACACAGCGUUGCUGUUGAGCACUCUGGGGCUGAUGCUGCACUGAAAAGGAACCAGGAGCCUGAGGCAAAGCAAGACGUGGUGGUUUUGGGGCCCAGCAGACGGUCAUGGAUAGGAGAAGGGGAGGAAACCACCCCUGCAAAGAAGGAGCAUUACAAGCCAUCUGAUUCAUCCAAACACACAGCGGAUGUAGAGAAAAGUGGCAAACCAGCUUGUUCAAGUGAAGAAAAGAAAAUUAUUGUCUUAGAAAAAUCUUUGGUUGAGAAGAGUGAAAAACCCAGUGCUAAAAAUGCAGAAGAUUCUCUAAUUUACCAACGAAUAGAGCCCAGGUAUGAAGUCUUUCAGACUUGUGGGGAAAGGGCUCUUAGUGAAGCCAUCACAAUGGCUCCUGAGAAAAAGGCCAUGACACUCAGAGCUAGAAAAUCAUCUGUGAAAGAGAAUAAAACUGAUGAGGAAGUUGGGCACAUGGGGCAGUCAGUGAGGGCAAGUAGUCACACUCUCUACUUGAAAGAAGAUAUUGCUGUUUCAGAACCUAGAGAGAUAAAAGUUCUUACAAGCAAGGCUGUGUUGAGAGAACCUAAUGAUUUUCUCUCCAGUGAAUGCACUUUACCUGAACAGAAAAAGGACUCUGAUAAAACAGAACCUGAUGCACUGUUAAUAGUAACUGAGAAAAUACCUUAUUCCACAAACAAAAGUAAAGUUUUGGGAAUUAAUGAGAAAGUAAACAAGCUACAUUCUGAAAUUAGAAGUGAUAAGAGUGAAGUCUCUUCCAUAGAUAAACCAGAGAAGUCUAAUGUGGUAAAAUGCUCUUCUGAGAAAAGGAGUUUUCGGGCAGGUGGGACAGACACUUAUGAAUUCAGAACCAACCUGGAUCGUGAAGUUGUUUCAACAAGUGUGAGUAAACACGGGGCCCAUUCUUCCUCAGGGCUUUCAGGUGGACAGUUUUUUAAACCUUCCAGUAGCCACCAUCCUGAUGCAAAAGUACAGACCAUAAAUAAAGAGGAAUCCGGGGCCUUUGGGUUAAGGAAAAGUCUGGACUUUAAUUUCAAAGAGCGAGACUUUAGCUUGGCUAGUGCAGCUCCUGAAAACAGUGAAAAACUCAGAGUAACAGAUCCAGAAGAGAAAAUCAGGAGAAGCAAAAGUAGCGUUUCUGACUUGAAGAUUUCUGAAAGGUGGAGGAGGAGGACCUUGCCUCAGGAGUCGGCCAAGGCAGAAGAAGUUGUGUGGUUCACUCCUGAAAAUAUCAAGAGGCUGAGUCGGACAGAUUUAUUGCAGUUGGAUGAGGAUUCACUUAAAAAGAGAAACAAAAAUAUCAAAGAAGGGCUGGAAGGGAGUGAGGCAAACCAGGCUGUUCUUGGCAGUCCUGAUGAUUACUUGAAACAUCAGAGUUCUGUCUUCGAGCCAAAGGCAACUUUUUUUGCAGUGACUUAUCAGAUUCCUGGUAUCAAAAAAGAGAAAAGCUUUGUUGGUGCUCCCAGUGCAAGUGAAAUUAAUACGGUUUCCAGUUCAAGUGGGGGAGCAGCAAUUAAUGUGGACCCUGUUUUUCCUGGAAGGUCCAAACCUGUAUUACAGCAACCAAACAAAAAUGUGAUGAGUACAGCUUGUAGAGAGGACUCCCGGGAAGUGCAUAUUAGCAAGGAUUGGGUCAAAGAAGACAACAAAGAUACUGUUUUAUCCAAAAAUAUUGCGUUUGGUAAUUUUCAUAUGUCUAGGAAGGAUAACCAACAGCAUCAUGAAAAAGGCCUGGAUCAUUCUAAAGAGAAAAUUAUAGAUGUUGAUGCUUUCCUGUUAAAACAGGACCUGGAAAAUACAGUUCAAAUUGAUCUCAAAAGUAGCAGAAGGAAAGUCUCCUCUUCUCAUGAACCCCGAUCUCCCCCAUGUUCAGCGCAGGUACGUAAAGACAGUGAAACAGACCCCCAGAAAAGGAGUGAAAAUAAUCCUGAUUUACCUGUCAGGAGGGCUGAGGAUAGUUACAGAUCCCAAAUUCUAGAUAUUGAUGCACUUAUGGCAGAAUAUAAAGAAGAGUCAGCCAAGGCCAGUAAGGUUCAAGGUAAGCUCUCUGAUGAUUUCAGCUCAUUGAGUAGGGAGAAAUCAAAGAACAGAAGAAAUGUGUCGGAUAGGACAAGUCUUUCCUACAGCUGGAAUGAGUGGAAGAGUAGAUCAGAUCACUCUUCUGUUACUAACAAACCAAGUGAGUGUGCAGAAGAGCAGCACAGGCCAGAGAAACUAACUGUAAAUGAAAAGAGCAAAGAGAAACUGGAAUUACGUAGCCCUGACUUUGAUAAGCCGAAGUCCAAAGACAGAAAGUUCAGCCCUCCUUACUGGGGAAGUCCCAGCAUCUUCUUCUCAGAGAAGUUUGUAAAUUCACCUGUGGAGUUCAGUAGGAAGAAAACUUUCAUUGUUGAUGAGGACGAGGAAGUGAAUUUAACCUCCAGGAAUCAGAGUCCAAAAUUCGUAAUCGAGAAGGUACAGCCUGUAAAUGUAGUGGGAACAGACCAGAGGCUGGAAGCCAAUUUUGCUUCCAGGUUGUCCAUAAAGGCAGAUGAUGGGCUCUUACAGAAGAGGUUGGUGACUAAAGAACAGUUCUUGGAGGUGUCUCCAGAGGGUGAUUGGAGCAAAAACGUAGCGAGGAGCUCCACAGUGAGGAGCAAAGACAACGCAAAUAAGGCGACAUGUGAGAGCGACUCUUCCGGUGUGAAAAUUAAAGCUGAUUGGAGGAGCUACACAUCUGGUUUUGGAACGGCCCCCCCGGAUUUGAGACGGUCCUACUCAGAAAAAUACCGCCAAGGAAGAGACAGUCUGCCACUGAUGCAGGAAGUGAGGGGAAGGAAGGACCUACAUCAGUCCAGGCAGAGCUUCCCCCUGGAAAGUGUGGAUCAUGGGUGGAAACACAAGAUGUCAGCUCAGUCAGAACUGUUCUUCCAUGAAGAUAAAAAGGCUUCUAGGAAAGAGUGGACCAAGCAGAGUUCAGACAAAACAGAGGGAACAGACUUUUCCUCGGUGUCUGCUCAGAGGAGCCGCCACAGUUUCUAUAAGGAGAGAAGAGUGGAUUUUUGGGCGGACCAGCUGAGGCAGUGCUUCUCCAGGCAGGCGCCGGGAGCGAAGGACACAGACACGCUGGUGCAGGAGCCCGACAGCCAGUACGGAACCUGGAACGAGCAGCGGCACAGCGGGGACAGCUUUGUGCCCGAAUCCCCUUCCCUGGAAAAUGACGUCGUCUCGACGCGGAAGCAGCCCCCGAACAGCCGCCCGUCCUCGCUGUCCUCGCAGACAGAACAGCCCUCCCUGGCUGAGCACCAUGACUUCAACAAAGACCAAAGGAGCACCAGCCUGGACCGUUCCAGCACUGACAUGGACUCCACUGAUGGGACUGAUUUACCUCCUCCAGGAGACACGUUCCCUGAUGACAAGACCACUGAUUUCUCCUUCAUUGAUCACACGGCUGUCCUGGACUCCAGUGCCCUCAAAACCCGGGUGCAGCUCAGCAAGAAGCGGCGCCGCCGGAACCCCACGUCCCACUCGCUGAGGAGGAGCAGAGGACUGGAGUUUGAGAACAGAUUUUCCUUGGUGGAAGAACCAGAUAAUGCCUGGAUGUUCAAGGAUUCCACAGAGGAGAAGAAAACUAUGCAACAGGAAGAUUCUGAGGAGGAAGAGAAGAUCCAGCAUACUCCGAGGUCAUCUGCGGUACAAGCCCAGAGACUCCCCGUGUUCCCAGGAAUGGAUCACUCUGUUCUCAAGGCCCAGCUCCGGAAAAGACAAGAAUCUGAGAGCGCUGGGGACACUGGUUCUGCUCAGCUCUUCAAAUCCCCCAAAGCCCAGCUAGGGACUCCCGGGAGCAGAGUGCUGCCCUCCAGUGUGGAGAAGGAGGACAGGUCAGAAGAAAAGUCUCCUCAGUGGCUGAAGGAGCUGAAAUCAAAGAAGAGACAGAGCCAUUAUGAGAAUCAGACAGUGAUUCUAACUAGAAGAAGAUAAAGAAGUUUAACAGAAGCCUUAACUCAUCUGAACCUAAACCCCCAUGUCAUGUUGCUGCUGUUUGCUUCCUGCCUCAACUGCUCUGUGCAUGGUGCCUUCCUGUUUUGUGGAGAAAGCUGCUUCAAUUCAUAGUCAAAUACAAAGCUGUGUCUGUCAGGUCGGGGGGAUGGUGUCACUUCAGGCCUGCCUGCCAGGAGAACCCGUGGUUCAUGGUUAGCACUUCACAAAGUCUUGGAAAAUGGAGAUAUUUGGGAGUGCUGCGAUGCAGGGAACUCCCCUCGCUGUCGAACUGUGUAGGUGUUCAGCACUCAGAGCUGUGACCUCUGGUAGAUGUGUCUGGGCUGGGCUUUGUGUUUGUUUAUGAAAAGAACAAUUUUAAUCAAAUUUAUCUUUUUUUUUUUUUUUUUUUUUUUGUGAACAAAUAGUAAGCUCCUAUUUAGAAUGAAGUUUGUGGAAGGUGAGAGUGGAAGAACAAAUCAUGUUUACUGCCAUAUUGAAAAAGGAAACUUGAUUAUUUUUUGUAAAAUGUAUUUUUGAUUGGCUUAUAUUUACAUGUGAUCUGCUGACCUGGCAGAUGGAGAUAAUUUUUAGAUGAACAAGAUGUUAACUUUUGUCACUCUUGAAGUGGUAUAUUCUGUGUUUUGUCAGCAUGUGGAAUAAUUGCUUCAUUGGAAUGUCUUUCCUAAAAAGGAUCAAGCAAUAAUGUCAACCAGUUCUCUUUAAAAAAAAAAGUAAAAAUAUGUAAAUACUGUUUUUAUAACAAAAAAGGAAGGGAAGAGGGAGGAUGUUACACUCAUAUCAGGGUUCCAGUUAAUUGUUGAAUGUCACUUUAAUAGCUGUUUGGAUAGUCCCACUUCUUAUUUUUAUUUGUUAAUCUGUAAAUACCAGGUUUAAGUUUUUAUUUUUAUGCUGAUUUUGUGGGAUAACCUAAAUGUGAUCUUCAGUUUCUCAAGGUGAUUUCCUCUCCUUCCUUUGGCAAGACCCCCGUGCUGAUAGCAGAGUAGGGCUCUCAUGGACCACACGGAUGUUUGGGAAUCACUAAUCCCCAGACACGUCUGUGUCUUUGAUUCUGAAAUACCAACACCAUGGCCAUGUAAGACAUAACUGAUUCUUGUCCCAGAUAAGUGCUCUUUCAGUAAACCUUUAAAAAUAAAGCCCAAGGAGGGAGGUGAUUUGUCCUGUCGGAUUCCUCAGGCUCGACCAAGAAAGCGUGAAGAGGGAACGGAGAGUGGAGUGUUCUCCUUGCCUGCCAGAGCUGGGGCUGCUCCUUGGGUUGCACUUCCCAUGUCCUGCCGAGGGGCUCCUCUAGAUUCAAACCAUAAAGCACCAGCACUUCCACUUAUUUUCCUUUCUCUUUUUUUUCUGAUCAGUGUUUUGUGAGCUCAAUUCCCAUGGGGUUACCACAGUGGUGGCCUACCUGCUCUGCUGUCUGUCAGGCUUGUAGCUGCCAAAACCAUGUGCCAAUUCUUCUCAUGAAGGAGUCACAGAGGAGGUGAUUUGCAGUCCCAGUCUGCUCUAGGAAAUAGCAGCAGGAUGUCAGGAGACAAGUCCCAUAUGCCCAUUUCUCGCUCCCAGAUUUAGCUCUGAUGGCAGCUCCCGGUGUGGAGAUGAGACGAAGACAUUUAUCUUAUGUAAAAGUCUUUCCUUGCUGCUCUGCCCUAUUUCUCAUGGGAGCUGUUGACAGUGUUAGUUUUGCAGCCCCUCUGCUCCCCAUGGAGCAGGGAUCCCCCAGGAUCCGUGGCUCUGGGAGUUGGGAGAUGGGCCCCGUCGAGCACAGCCACCACCAGCUCCUCUCAGCUCACUUUAAAACGUUGCACAGAUUUUCUUCCCUCUCCUUUAGAUGAUGGUGGAAAAGGCAACUCUUUGUCUUUUGGGAUAUGUUUUUUGUGGCAGCACUCAAGGGUUCCAUCGCUGUGCCCCACGUGUGACACACACCUGGGCCAGCCCGAGCAGCCUGUGCAGGUGUGAGGAGGGCGGCGAUGGCUCUGCUCGCUCAGAUGAAGUGGGGCCUGUCUUAACCCCACUAAUCAGGUAAUUCCCUGCUUACAGGAGCAUUUACACAGGCUGGAUUUUCCACUUCAGCGGGUGACAGUGUUGUGUUCCCAACAGCUGGAGGAUUUACUGGUUCUUGGUCUAAUAACUGAAGGCCAGAAAUUCUGUAAUUGUUUGCUGCGUGCUGAGGAAACUGAGGGGAUUAACACGAGGUUUCCACAAAGCCCUUGAAUGUGUUUGCAUUUCCACGUCUGCUUGGACAAUGCACUGAAACUUACUGUAUUGAGUAGUUUAACCUACUACUGAGAAAUGUUUAAUGCUUAAAUGUCUAAUUAAAAAGCAUCUUUAGAAUGUU